AUGGCGAAUCCGUUGCAGUUUGCUUACCGAACUCAGAAGGCCAUCGGCGUCUUUGACGCUGCGCCAGUCUACGAAGCCCUCCCUGGGUUCGUCAAGCCCGAAGGGAACCUCAGGUGCUGUGUCUACUCGCCCUGCGGUCGCUACUUCGCAUACGCUUCCAAUGAGGGUGUCGUCGUCGUCGACGCCUCUGUCGGCCACGUACUGACCUCACUUCCUCUGACGUUCGUCUACGAGCUGAGCUUUUCCCCGCGGGGAACCUUUUUGAGCACCUGGGAACGGGCCUCCAAGGACGAGAACGGCGACGCCACCAAGAAUCUCAAGGUCUGGCGCGUCGUCGAGGAUCUUGCGGACGGCGCCGAGAAGCUGCCGAUUGGCAAGUUCGUCCAAAAAUCGCAAGCGGGCUGGAACCUGCAAUACACUGCCGACGAGCGCUACUGCGCCCGCAUGGUGACGAAUGAGGUGCAGUUCUACAACAGCGAUGACCUCUCCACCCCUUGGAACCGACUGCGCGUCGAGGGCGUGAGCGCUUUCGCCCUUGCCCCUGGCCUCAAUCAAAAUGUCGCCGUCUUCGUGCCCGAACGCAAGGGCCAACCCGCCGCGGUUAAGGUCUAUAACGUGCCACAGUUCAACAGCCCGAUUUCGCAAAAGACCUUUUUCAAGGGUGAUAAGGUGCGGCUGGAGUGGAACGCUCUGGGCACCAGCUUGAUCGUGCUGGCGCAGACCGACGUCGACAAGUCGAACAAGAGCUACUACGGCGAGACGACCAUGUAUCUUUUGAGUGCCAACGGAGCUGUUGAUGCUCGAGUGACGCUGGAUAAGGAAGGCCCCAUCCAUGACGUUGCCUGGUCUCCCAAUUCGGCCGAGUUUGGUGUGGUCUAUGGUUACACGCCAGCUAAGACCACCAUCUUCAAUAACCGGGCCGUACCUGUUCACUCGUUCCCAAUUGGUCCUCGCAACACCAUCAUCUUCUCGCCCACUGGCAGAUUCGCCUUGGUCGCCGGCUUUGGCAAUUUGGCCGGUCAGAUCGAUGUGUACGAUCUGGAGAAGGACUACCGCAAGAUCUGCACCAUCGAGAGUGGCAACCCUAGCGUGUGCACCUGGAGCCCAGACAGCCGUUACAUUCUGACUGCCACCACGUCGCCGCGCCUCCGGGUGGAUAACGGAAUCAAGCUCUGGCACGUCGGCGGCAGCCUGAUGUACAACGAGGACAUGGUAGAGCUGUACAACGUCAUGUGGCGGCCUGCAUCACCAAAGAGUUUCCCUCCUGGCGAGGACCCGUUGCAUCCUGUUCCAACCCCGCAUCCGUCGGCACUGGCUUACCUGGGCACGGUCAAGACGCCGUCCAAGCCCGUGGGCGCCUACCGCCCGCCCGGCGCUCGCGGUGCCGAUACGCCCCUGCACUUCAAGCGCGAGGACGAAGGUGGUGCGGCGCACACGGUCAGCAACGGCACGCCCUCGAUCGGGUCGAAUGGAUUUGGUCGGCCCCGUCAUCUGGUGCCGGGAGCGGAGCCGGCCGAACGUCCCUCUGUUCCCGGGGCGACUCCCGCUGAGGAGGGGAACCAGUCCAAGGCCAACAAGAACAAGAAGAAGCGCAACAAGAAAGCCAAGGACGAGGGCGCCAAUGCCCAGGCAGCAGAAGGGACAGGGGCCCGGGCGGCUACUGAAGGCGGUCUUGCGCCGUCUCCGCGCGAGUACGGAACCGGAUCGGGCGCCGAGGGCCGCAGCCCUGACCGGCGCGGUCAUGCCCACCACGCGCGCAGCCGGUCACGCCAUAAUAAUAAUGCUAAUAGUAGCCACAACAACAACAACCUGCAGCCUCCCCGCAACCGCAGCAACACGCAGCGCGCCCGCUCUCAGAGCCGCCCUGGCCACGCCCAGGCCGCCAACCAGGCAGGUGGUGGUGCACCCGCCGGUGGGGGCGACGGACCGGGCAACGCCAAUGCCAAGAAGAUCCGCAGCUUGCAAAAGAAGAUUCGGGCGAUUGAGGACCUCGAGAUGCGGCUUGCGGGCGGCGAGAAGCUUGAGGAUACGCAAGUUAAGAAGAUUGCGACCAAGGCGGCUGUCCUUAAGGAGUUGGAGACCCUGGAGAAGGAGCAGGCUUAG